AGACCAGCCUGGCCAACAGGGUGAAACCCCAUCUCUACUAAAGAUACAAAAAUUAGCCAGGCAUGGUGGCGCACGCCUGUAAUCCCAGCUACUUGGGAGGCUGAGGCAAGAGGAUCACUUGAACCCGGGAGGCGGAGUUUGCAGUGAGCAAAGAUCGUGGCAUUACCUUCCAGCCUGGCGACAGAGCGAGACUCCAUCUCAAAAAAAUAAUAAUAAUAAUAAUAAAUAAAAAAUUCAGGUAGACGCUGUCCCAGUCCAUUCAAAACCCUUCAGCGGCUUCUCUCAGCUCACUCAGUAUAGAAACCAAAGUCCUGACGAUCUCCACACGACCUGCACACACCACCCCUGCCCUGCCUCACAGCCCCCAGCUGUCCUCAAAUGCACUCUGCUCAGGCCUUUAUGCAUGUCCCCCACCCAGUAUCACACGGCUCCCUCCCACCUCCAGGCUCCUCCUCCAAGUUUGGUAGAGCACCCUCCCCAGAUCCCCCCUAAAAUGGGAGCACAGCCCCACACUGCUCACUGGCACUGACCGCCCCUCAGAAGGGCAGGAAUCAUCUGUUUUGUCUAUGCCAUGUCCCCAGAACAGAGGGUGAUUCAGAAGUCUUGGUUGGGUGAAUGAAUGAAUCAGAGCCUUCGUCUAGAUGAGGGGCCCCGCCCAGUGAGAGGGGGACUACAAGGGGAGACGCCACCUCUGUCCCACCUUCCUUCAGAGAUCCACGUCCCCCCAGGUCAGGAGCCAGGGAACCUAAGCCAGCAAGCGGGGACUUCCUGCUCCCUCUGCUGGGCCCUGAACCGGGAUCCCUGGUUCCCAUCUCCACGCCAUGAUCAGGAACAGGUUGACAGGUGAUGGCUGAGAGCUCCAGCUGCGUCUGUGGCCAGCCCUGUGCUGCAUGCUGGGGACAGACGCUGAGCUGCUCUGUGCCUCAGCUUCCUCCUCUCAAGUACAAAGCUCAGAGUCUUCCCCAUGUAGCUGGGAGUUAGGGUGAGGUGAGAAUGGAGUUAGUCAAUAAACACAGAAUGCUGGGACUGUACUAGAAAACCAUAAGCCACUGUCUUUUUUUUUUUUUUUUUUUUUUAAGGCAGGGUUUCGCUCUGUUGCUCAAGCUGGAUGGCACGAUCACAGCUCACUGCAUUCUUGACUUCCUGGGUUUCAGGCGGACCUCCUGCCUCAGCUUCCCGAGUAGCUGCCACACAGGUGUGCACCACCACACCCAGCUGUCAUUAUUAACACAGAACCACCUGCCCCACCUGCCUCUGAGGGUGCUGUCCCCAGAGAUUCUCUGCAGAACUACUCUGGCCCCAGGUUUCCUUGAUAUCAGGGGGCUGCCAGAGAGGAGGGGGUGGGAGGCCAGGGUGGAUGAUUGCUUGAACACAGGAGUUCGAGACCAGCCUGGGCAACAUGGCAAGACCCUGUCUCUACCAAAAAAAAUUUUAAUUAGCCAGGAGAGGUGGUCCCAGCUACUCAGGAGGCUGAAGUGGGAGGAUCGCUUGAGCCCAAGAGGUUGAGGCUGCAGUGAGCUAUGGUUUUACCACUGCACUCCAGCCUGGGCAACAGUAAGACCUUGUCUCUUGAGAGAGAGAGAGAGGCCAGGUGCGGUGGCUCAUGCCUGUAAUGCCAGCACUUUGGGAGGCCGAGGCAGACGGAUCACCUGAGGUCAGGAGUUUGAGACCAGCCUGACCAACAUGGAGAAACCCCAUCUCUACUAAAAAUACAGAAUUAGCCGGGCAUGGUGGCUCAUGCCUGUAAUCCCAGCUACUCGGAAGGCUGAGGCAGGAGAAUCGCUUGAACCCAGGAGGCGGAGGUUUUGAUGAGCCAAGAUCACGCCAUUGCACUCCAGCCUGGACAACAAGAACGAAACUCCAUCUCAAAAAAAAAAAAAAAGAGAGGAGAGGAGGGGAUGCCCCUCAGGACAGAAGGAGGGGCGGGGAGGGACAGAGGUGGAGCUGACAGCUACACCCCAGAGUGCUGCUCUGGGGUAAGGGUGUCCAUGGAGUUCAUGCCUGGCCUGUAAACCUGGGGAGGUAAGAGCCCCUGUAGCCUUCCUCAGCUGGGGAUCCUGAGAGCAGGGCCUCCUGGCCGGUGACGUACAUCCCUGCAUCUUGGUUCCCCACUCGUACCUGCUCUCAGGGCUCUGGGUCAGCCAUGCCAGAGGGACAGCGCCUGCUCUGUCCUGGACCUGGUAGGUCUGAGGCCCCUGCCGCAUCCUCGGGGCCGGCUGCAGCACCCUCCCGAGACUCGAGGCUAGGACAGGGCUACGCCCUCUGCAGCCAUGGCCACUGCUCUCAGCUGUGUGGAAGCAUUUUGGGAUUGUGACCACAGCACAGCCCAGCAGGACACGAACACACUGUGGGCGGGGCCUGGGGCUCCGGGCUACACUGUGUCUCCUUGAGGAAGGGCCCAAGGGCCAGGCUGGGUCUCCUGGAGUCCCCUCUCCUGGGUGCCCCCUCAGCGCUAUGGACAAUGGUCAAGCAGGCUUCUUCCUGCUGAUGUCCGGGAGGUCCCCCUGCUCACAGCCUUAGAACAGAGUCCACAUCUCACCCCCUGUCCCCUGUGCCCUCUGGGCGGGCAGGUAUCCCUGCUGGGCUUGGGGGUGGGCCAGGACACCAGUAACUUGACCCUUUAGGAUGCUCAGAAACCUCAUUCCAGAUGCCAGUGGAAAGGUGGAAACCAGAUUCCGCGAGCCCCGUCCAGCCCGCCCAACCCCCAGGCCUGAAAUGGGCCAUGCGAUGACACAGCACUCGGCUUCUCAGACAGGAGGCAGGUGGGCCACACAGAAUGACCACACGGCCGACGGGGCGAGGGGACACUGUCAGGCCACAGGGCUGCCCCCAGGCACAGCGUAACACUCGGCUCGCUGCCAGGCCAGCUGCUCACAACCACACUGCCCAGCUCUUAAGCCACUGGGGACCUCCCAGCCCUGCACCGGUGCCCCUCACUCAGGAGGCCGGGCACCUGCGGGCCUCAGCUCCCUUGGCUCUGCUGGGGAGGGGUGGGGGUGCACUGGGACGGACACUGCAGACCAACCAGGCCCACCUGGCAGUAUCUAGGCUGCCAGCUAGUGCCAUGGGGGAGGACAGGCCCACCCCUCACAGGCAGCUGCUGGCGCUGUGAAUCCCAGCUGCAGCCCCCUCAGCAAGAGCCUCAUGGCAGCAGCUGCUCCCCUCGGCUUCAAGCACACCCAGCUACGAUCAGUGCUCACCACUGGGAGCUGCCAAAAAUACCCCCAUAGGGUCCUCAGGGUGCUGCUGGCAGCAACGGGAAGGCACCUAUCCAUCUGACAAGCGUGCGCUGGGCACCCACUCAGGUGGGAGGUGCUGGUGUCCCCAGAAGGCCCCUGCCAUGCAGGGUCCAGGAAGCAGCUGAGGGAAGGAGGGCCAUCUGGAAACAGGUUCCUGCAGGGGCAAUGGGUGGGGGGAAAGGAAGCCAGCGCUUUGUCUCUUCCCUGAGAGAUGGACCCACAGGGCCUAGGGCCAAAGCGGGGCAUGCACCCAGUGACAGGCCUGACUCUGACUAACAGGACUCACUGGCUGCCUGAGGCAAGUGAGGUGGCCGCUAGGACGGCAUGGCCCUGGAUGAGAGGGUGAGCAGCUGAGGAGGGGCUGAGGGGAUCUGUGAAGGGAUGGACAUAAGACUCGCCAAUGUCCCCGGCUUUGGGUCAGCAGCCAAGGGGCCUCCUGCUCUCACCUGACAAAACAAUUGUUAAGUAUAUAAAAGAAACAGUUGGGCCAGGCACGGUGGCUCAUGCCUAUAAUCCCAGCACUUUGGGAGGCCAAGGCGGGUGGAUCACGAGUAAAAAUUAAAAAAAAAAAAAAAUCGGCUGGGUAUGGUGGCGGGCACCUGUAGUCCCAGCUACUAAGGAGGCUGAGGCAGGAGAAUCACUUGAACCAGUGAGGUGGAGACUGCAAUGAGCCAAGAUCACGCCACUGCACUCCAGCCUGGUGACAGAGCGAGACUCUGUCUCAAAAAAAAAAAAAAAAAAAAAAGGUAGUUACGUUUGUGGGAAAAAAUGAGGCCAGGCUCGGUGGCUCACACCUUGUAAUCCUAGCACUUUGGGAGGCUGAGGCGGAUGGAUCACCUGAGGUCAGGAGUUCAGCCUGGCCAACAUGGUGAAACCCCGUCUCUACUAAAAAUACAAAAAUUAGCCGGGCAUGGUGGUGCAUGCCUGUAAUCCAUCUACUCAGGGGGAUGAGGCAGGAGAAUCGUUCAAACCCAAGGGGCAGAGGUUGCAGUGAGCCGAGAUUGCACCACUGCACUCCAGCCUGGGUGACAGAGCGAGACUCCAUCUAAAAAAUAAAAUAAACAAACAUGGGAGAAACCUGGAAGAAUAUUUGCUCAACUGUGAGGCGUGGUUGGUGGCUAAGGGAUCACAGAAUGGCAGGCCUGCCUAUUCCUCCUGAGAUCGUUAAGGAGGCUGAGGUGCCGCAGGCUGCGCUGGGCGUCCCAGCCCAGGGGACAGGGGACAAUGGCCACACGCCUGUGGAGGAGGAGGUGGGGGGCAUCCCAGUACCAGCACCGGGGCUCCUGCAGGUCACGGAGAGGAGGCAGCCUCUGAGCAGUGUCUCCUCUCUGGAGGUCCACUUCGACCUCCUGGACCUCACUGAGCUCACCGACAUGUCGGACCAGGAGCUGGCCGAGGUCUUUGCUGACUCAGACGAUGAGAACCUCAACACCGAGUCCCCAGCAGGUCUGCACCCGCUGCCCCGGGCCGGCUGCCUGCGCUCCCCUUCCUGGACGAGGACAAGGGCUGAGCAGAGCCGCGAGAAGCAGCCCCUAGGCGACCCCGAGCGGCAGGCCACAGUCCUGGACACGUUUCUCACUGUGGAGAGGCCCCAGGAGGACUAGACCAUCUCCAC